UGAAAACAGAGAGGAAGACAUCCCAAGCCUGUCUUUUCUUCCUCUUCCUACAGACACCAUCUUGACAACACCUGAGAACUCUUGGGGCAGUUUGUUUCUGAAACUACUUACCUGCAUUUGGCAUCACCAUGAAGUUCCUGCUGGGACUCGCCAUUGGCUUUCUGCUUGUGACUACAGGUGCUUCUUUGAAGUGUGAAGUUUGUAUGGGCAGUGGCAACAGCUGUUCUGGCCCCAUGGAGACCUGCGACAAUGACACCUGCGUCAUCUCUGUAUCUGAAAUCACUGUAGGUGGAAUGCAAACUCAGAUAAUAGCUAAAAGCUGUGGAUCGUCCAACAUCUGCAAAGACAGAACACAACUCCUCAACUUUGGGCGAGGGCAAGAACUAAGGACAGGACUCGCUUGCUGUGUAGGGGAUGCCUGCAAAACUGCAACUCCUCAAGUGCCUCCACGCAUCAACCAACCCAAUGGGAAGCAGUGCCCAGCCUGCUAUUCUUUGCUCUCUGGUGUUUGCGAUACCAAUGAGACGGUGGACUGCGUUGGACCACAGAACAACUGCCUUGAAAUGGCUGUGACCGUUUCUUAUGGAACUGUCAUCGUCAACGUUGUUCAGAAGGGUUGUGCCACUAAGGGGUUUUGUGAUGGCUUAAAACUAGGCGAAACCACCGUAUCAGGCUUUUACUCUCACAUCACAAAAGCUGAAUGUGUGCCAGCCUCACGGCCAGAAUGAUGACUUCAUCAGCUGCCUUCUCAGGAUUUGGGGGCUUCUGCCACUGAAGAACCGAUUCUGAUCCACCUGGUUUGCUGCUGCAUUGGGGGGGGGGGCUCUGCUUAAACACCUCUGUAUCACUUAUCUGCAACUUCAUCCAAAAAUGAUUUCUACCUCCCAGGGGGAGAAUGAUGCCCUCUUUGAGUGAAACAAAUAAAUCAUAAUUUGCAUGAAAACUGUCCCCUUGUUCUGCUAGAGCAGAAAUGGGGAAUCCUGUGGUCCUCCAGGUGCCAAGUGACAAGUGGGCAGGGCCACUCAUCUGUCAAUCACUUGACAUCAUUAUGCUGGUUAUAUAGGGAGAUUUUUCAAAGGAAAAUAAAAAAAGAAUUAUACAACUUUUUCCAAUUAACAUUCAGUUCAUAUUCGACUUCCCCUCUCCCCAUCCAUGGUUUCCCCACAUUUUCUAAUAUCAGGGCAUAUUAUAGUUCUUCUAUAUAUUAUCUCCUCCAAAGUAUUCUCAGACAUGUAUUUUACUGUUCUUACACCAAACCUUUUAGCUUGUUUACAUUUAAAUAAUAUUAAUCUACAAACAUUUUCCAAUCCUCCUUAAACACAGUAUCAUCUUGAUCUCUAAUUUUACUACUUAGACUUGCUAAUUCAGCAUAUUCCAUGAGUUUCAACUGCCAAUCGUCUUCAGUGGGCACUGCCUCAUCUUGCCAUUUUUGCUCAUAGAUUAUUCUUGCUGCAGUAGUGGGAUAUAAAAAUAAGUUCAUCUGGAUUUUUUGUACAUCUGUCCCAGUUAUGCCUAAAAGAAAAGCCUCUGGGUUUUUCUUGGGGAAAGUCUCACUGAAUAUUUUUUUAAAGGUAAAGGUACCCCUGACCGUUAGGUCCAGUCGCGGAUGACUCUGAUGUUGCACACUCAUAUCGCUAUAUAGGCCGAGGGAGCCUGCGUUUGUCCACAGACAUCUUCCGAGUCAUGUGACCAGCAUGACUAAGCUGCUUCUGGUGAACCAGAGCAGCACACAGAAACGCUGUUUACCUUUCUGCUAGAUAGGUACUUUUUAUCUACUUGCACUUGAUGUGCUUUUGAACUGCUAGGUGGGCAGGAGCUGGGACUGAACAAAAGAAGCUCACCCCGUCACAGGGAUUUGAACUGCUGACCUUCCAAUCAGCAAGCCCUAGGCUCUGUAGUUUAGAUUAUGACCCACGUCUCGAGCCCAAUGAAUCAUAGCAGCACUUGCCAUCAUUAUGAAGCCAGAUGGCAACCUCAGAAGGGCUCAUUAUCAGUGUCCAUUAGCUGAUUGGUGCUAACAUUCCACUUUCAAGGGACCCAUAUUGAAGCCAUAGUUUGUAUUCAAUGAUAGUCAAUGCCUUAGGUUGUACUCCCAGUACGUUUCCGAGCACAAUUCAAAGUGUUGGUGCUGACCUUUAAAGCCCUAAACGGCCUCGGUCCAGUAUACCUGAAGGAGCGUCUCCACCCCCAUCGUUCUGCCUGGACACUGAGGUCCAGUGCCGAGGGCCUUCUGGGGGUUCCCUCAUUGUGAGAAGCCAAGUUGCAGGGAACCAGGGAGAGGGCCUUCUCGGUGGUGGCGCCCGCCCUGUGGAAUGCCCUUCCAUCAGAUGUCAAAGAGAAAAACCGCUACCAGAUUUUUAGAAGACAUCUGAAGGCAGCCCUGUUUGGGGAGACUUUUAAUGUUUAAUAGAUUAUUUUAUUUCAUUUUUCUGUUGGAAGCCGCCCAGAGUGGCUGGGGAAACC